AUGGACGCGACGCGGGGCAUCGGCACCUUCGUGGUGUGGGACUACGUGGUGUUCGCGGGGAUGCUGCUCAUCUCGGCUGUCAUCGGCAUCUACUACGCCUUCGCGGGGGGUGGCCAGCAGACCUCCAAAGACUUCUUGAUGGGCGGCCGCAGAAUGACUGCCGUGCCGGUGGCCCUGUCCCUCACCGCCAGCUUCAUGUCGGCCGUCACCGUCCUGGGCACCCCCUCGGAGGUCUACCGUUUUGGGGCCAUAUUCAGCAUCUUUGCCAUCACCUACUUCUUUGUGGUGGCCAUCAGCGCGGAGGUCUUCCUCCCCGUGUUCUACAAACUGGGAAUUACCAGCACCUACGAGUAUUUAGAGCUCCGAUUUAACAAAGUUGUCCGUCUCUGUGGAACAGUCCUCUUCAUUGUUCAAACAAUUCUCUAUACUGGAAUUGUUAUUUAUGCCCCUGCCCUGGCUUUGAAUCAAGUCACAGGAUUUGAUCUAUGGGGUGCAGUAGUGGCAACAGGGGUGGUCUGUACAUUCUACUGCACACUGGGUGGUCUUAAAGCUGUUAUCUGGACAGAUGUUUUUCAAGUUGGGAUCAUGGUGGCUGGAUUUGCAUCUGUAAUUAUACAGGCUACAGUGAUUCAAGGUGGGAUCAGCACUAUUCUAAAUGAUUGCUAUAAUGGUGGAAGACUAAACUUCUGGAAUUUUGAUCCCAAUCCUUUGCAAAGACAUACAUUCUGGACAAUUAUUAUAGGAGGGACAUUCACAUGGACCAGCAUCUAUGGUGUCAACCAAUCCCAAGUGCAGAGAUAUAUUUCCUGUAAAAGCAGAUUCCAGGCAAAAAUGUCUCUCUACAUCAAUCUUCUGGGACUCUGGGCAAUCCUCGCCUGCUCAGUGUUAUGUGGGCUUGCCCUAUAUUCCAGGUACCAUGACUGUGAUCCUUGGACAGCCAAGAAAGUAUCUGCACCAGACCAGCUCAUGCCUUAUUUGGUACUGGACAUUCUGCAAGAUUUUCCAGGACUUCCUGGACUUUUUGUGGCCUGUGCUUACAGUGGAACAUUAAGCACAGUGUCCUCCAGUAUUAAUGCUUUAGCAGCAGUAACUGUGGAAGAUCUAAUUAAACCUCACUUCAGAUCGCUCUCAGAAAGGUCUCUCUCUUGGAUUUCCCAAGGAAUGAGUGUGCUGUUUGGAGCUCUGUGCAUUGGAAUGGCUGCAUUGGCAUCACUAAUGGGAGCUUUGCUGCAGGCAGCACUCAGCAUAUUUGGCAUGGUUGGUGGACCACUUCUGGGCUUGUUUGCUUUGGGCAUUUUGGUUCCCUUUGCCAACUCAAUUGGAGCACUUGUUGGUCUGAUGGCUGGAUUUGCUGUUUCUUUGUGGGUCGGAAUUGGAGCUCAACUUUAUCCUCCACUGCCUGAAAGAACUAUGCCACUAAGCCUUGAAACCUAUGGCUGUAACAGCACAUACAAUGUGACAAAUUGGGUGACAACCACAGAAAUGCCAUUUUCUACUAGUGCUUUUCCAGUACACAAUGUGGGAAGGACUCCACUGAUGGAUAACUGGUAUUCUUUAUCAUAUUUAUACUUCAGCACUCUUGGAACUUUGGUAACGGUAUUCAUGGGAAUGCUAAUCAGUUUACCAACAGGAGGGAGAAAACAAAACUUAGACCGCAGAUUCCUAUUAACCAAAGAGGACUUUUUAUCCAAUUUUGACAUUUUUAAGAAAAAGAAGCAUAUUGUAAGUUAUAAUUCUCACCCAGUAGAAGACGGUGGAACUGAUAAUCCUGCCUUCAACCAUAUUGAAUUGAACUUCCCAGAUCAAAGUGGCAAGAUGAGUGGGACUCAUUUGUGAAACAUCUGUGAUACUAGAUGAUCUUAAACAGCGAUCCAGUUAUAUAUGUUUUCUAAGAUAAUUGGAUCAGGUUUAGAUUUCUUUUGGCGGGGAGGGUUCUAUAAUGAGUGAAGUUUUGGGGGAAAUUUUCGGGGUAAAAUUUUGUUAAAGCAAAGUGCAGACUCUUCACUUACUAUACUCAUUAAUUGAUGCUGCUCUGGAGUUAAGAGUUUCAGCAUCAGCAUUUCCCUCUAUUUCUCUUUUAUUUUAAUGAAGCUGUCAUUAUGAAAGUUAUGACCACAUAUAUGCUGAAGGAUUAACAUACACAUAUACACACAUACUUGAUGGUCAAAAAGAGUAUUUUUAAAUUUGGCCAUUAUUAAAAUUAUUUUCCACGCAUUUGAUGCUAGCAUAUAAGUUUUGGGGUUUGCCAAAAUCAGAAGUAAUACUGAAAAGACCUUUUCUCCUUCCACAACAUACUCUAUUUUUAGGAAACAAUGAGGUGACAGAUCUGUGUUGUCUAGAUCUUUGCUUCUCAUUGAUCCAUACCAGCCCUAUCAGGGAGCUUAUUAACCUUGGAACCAAUUCUAGUUCAGGAAGGUGGUAAUCAAGAAGCAUCCUGUUUGGGACAGAACAUAGCCCCAGUGAUCAAGGUCUUUUUGGUGCUAUGUAUCUAUUCUUGUGCCUUUUUUGCUAAUUAUCUAGAGCUCCUGGCCAUUGGCUGCUUAUAUUGCCUUACACUCUGGUUCUUAUAUGCAGUCCUAGUUUCUGACCCAUCAACUCAGGUUUUGUUGUACACUUCACUUUGCUUGCCUUCCUAGUUUCCUAUCUACUGUGUUACCUUGGGCUUCCAUGUCUUGAGAUACCCAUCGUGAAUCAUGCUACCCAGAUCCUUGUUCACUAAGUCCCAGACUAUAAAUUGGAAAUCCUAUGAGCCUGGUACUGACUAAAGUACUUGCAGCAUAGGUACUUGUGGAUUUGGUGACCCAAGAACAUUUACAUAAUUGAAAUGGUUAAGCUAUGUGGAAUUACAUGAUUGUGUUGAAUGAUACUAAUUUGAAUGUCAACUAAUUUGCAGUCAAUUGAAUUUAAAGUGUGUAUGCUUAGAAGUCUUGAAUUCUAGUGUAUUCACCCAUUUAAAGAGCUAAAUUACAAAGGCAAACACUACUUUUUUUUUUUAAUAUUCUGAAUUACUAACUAUAUGCUUUGUUCCAUGCUUUAAAACUUCAAGUAGCAAUCUCAAUUGCUAAGAGUUUGGUCACAGACUUUUAUCAGUAACAUUUUUUUCUACAGUUCCCACAUUAGAUACUGUUUAGAAAUGUGUUUCUUUUGUUUGUUUGUUUGUUUGCUUUACAAUGUUUUAAAAUAACAUGAGAAACAUUUAGGUACAUUAAAUAUAUUUUAGAAUUAAAUACUUUUUUGCUUAUUUCCUGGUAUUUAGGUAAGUAUGCUCUGUACUUUUAAAGGUUGCCAAUUGAAAACAUGAAGCGAUAAAAAAAUAGGAAGUAGCAUUUGUCUAAAGAAAGAGAUUUAUAUAACAUUUAAAUUAAUGUGUUCAUAUAUUUCAUUUGUGUAUAGAUGUUAUUUUUUUAAUCAAUAUGUUUGUAAGCAUGCAUCAAACUGUAAAUCUUUCUACAUUUUUUAAUGAGUAGGAAGAUAUCAUCUUAUUUGUUUUAUGCAAGUGUGAUUUGAACUAUUAUUUAUUUAAUAAGUGUAAAUGCACAUGUGUGUAGAAUGCUUCAAUUUUA